AUGCUUCACGUGACGGCAUUUGGCUCUCAUGCUGAUAUCAUCUUAGAUGAUCGUGACAAGAGGAGCGCGUUAGGGCCGCACGCGUUACCACUGGCGUGUUGGAAGCGGCCCGUUACAAGGGGCGCGUUACAAGGGGCGCGUUACAAGGGGCGCGUUACAAGGGGCGCGUUACAAGGGGCGCGUUACAAGGGGCGCGUUACAAGGGGCGCGUUACAAGGGGCGCGUUACAAGGGGCGCGUUACAAGGGGCGCGUUACAAGGGGCGCGUUACAAGGGGCGCAUUACAAGGGGCGCGUUACAAGGGGCGAGUUACAAGGGGCGCGUUACAAGGGGCGCGUUACAAGGGGCGCGUUACAAGGGGCGCGUUACAAGGGGCGCGUUACAAGGGGCGCGUUACAAGGGGCGCGUUACAAGGGGCGCGUUACAAGGGGCGCGUUGCAAGGGGCGCGUUACAAGGGGCGCGUUACAAGGGGCGCGCGGCGGCAUGGGCAACUGUCUGGGAGCCGCCGUCACUCCGCCCGUCCCUCUGCCCCUCCCUCCCGACCCUCUCCCCGUCCCUACCUCCCCCAGUGAGCUUCAUUGUGUGAGCCCAAUCGUGCUCACCCGCCCCACUGCGCGAGUGCAGCCCAGCAGAGCUGCAGGCGGCAAGAUUAAUUCCUCGCAAGUGGUGGGGGGGGCAGCUCUGCCUGCAUCACCUCCCUCUUCCGCCUAUCCCCUGCCCUCCCCUCCCCCUCUUCCCCCCCUCCCAGCCUCACCCGGCGCGCUGCGCGAGUUCAGUGCGGCGGAGCUGCAGGCGGCCACUAAUGGCUUCUCGCGAGUGGUGGGGGAGGGCGGCUCAGCGGAGCUGCAUGCGGCAACGGGGGGCUUCUCACGAGUGGUGGGCGAGGGCGGGUUCGGCCGCGUGUACCACGGGCGCCUCACACACCCCGCUGGGCGGGGCGGGCGCGACAUGGAGGUGGCGGUCAAGGUGAUGGCCGCGGAGCACAUCACCGGCGGCAUGUCCAGCUUCCAGGUGGAGGUGGCAGCAAUGACGGCCAUGCAGCAUCCGCGCAUCCUGCGGCUGCUGGGCUACGUGGGCGACUCGCCCUCGCCCGUGCUCGUGUACGAGUACAUCCCAGGAGGCGACUGCUGCGAGUUCCUCAAACGAUCGGGUCGAGGGGAGGCAUCGUUCCCAUGGAGGGCGCGGUUGGGGGUGGCGCUGGGGUGUGCGGAGGCGCUGGCCGCCAUCCACGACGCCAACUUCGUGCACCGCGACUUCAAGGCCUCCAACGUGCUGCUCAGAGAGGACCUGACCCCAGUGCUGGCGGAUUUCGGGUUGGCAAGGGCGGUGACGGACUGGGCAACGCACGUGAGCACACGAGUGAUGGGCAGCAUGGGGUACAUGGACCCCAUCUACUUCCAGACAGUGAUGGGCAGCAUGGGGUACAUGGACCCCAUCUACUUCCAGACAGGCCAACUGAGUCGCAAGUCGGACACGUACGCGUUCGGCAUCUUCCUCCUGGAGCUCGUGUCGGGCUGCCUGGCCCUGGACGAUCGCUUUCAGGACCUGCGCAAGCUCGUGGUGGCCAAGACCUUCCCGGACCCCCACCUCGUGGUGGACCCGCGCAUGAGCGGGCAGUGGACCAAGAAGCAGGUGUACAUUGUGUUCACGCUCAUCCGCUUCGCCAUCUUCUUCGACUGGGAUAACCGGCCCAGUAUGUCGGUGAUGCGGGAUAAGCUCCUGACGGUUGUGGAAUGA